GCUCGUUAUAGGAAAGAGCAAACAUUGCUUAAGCAACUGCCUUGCAUUCCACUCGUAGAAAAUCUGUUGAAGGAUGGCACAGAUGGCUGUGCCUUAGCUGCCCUUAUCCACUUCUACUGCCCUGCUGUUGUCAGAUUAGAGGACAUUUGUUUGAAAGAAACCAUGUCUUUGGCCGAUAGCCUGUAUAAUCUGCAGCUAAUUCAGGAAUUUUGCCAAGAAUACUUGAACCAGUGUUGCCAUUUCACCCUGGAAGACAUGCUCUAUGCUGCUUCAUCCAUAAAGAGUAAUUAUUUGGUGUUCAUGGCGGAACUCUUCUGGUGGUUUGAAGUGGUGAAACCAUCAUUUGUCCAGCCCCGUACUGUUCAUCCACAUGGAGCGGAACCUGUGAAAGAUAUGCCAUCAAUUCCUGUCUUGAAUGCUGCCAAAAGAAACCUCUUGGAUCAUUCAUCCAGCUCUGACUACACUUCAAGUGGGGAAGGAGCAGCAUUCACACAGUCCCAUCAUUUGCCUUCUAGAUAUUCACGUCCCCAAGCUCAUUCUUCAGCCUCAGGAGGAAUUAGAAGGUCUUCAUCCAUGUCUUAUGUUGAUGGCUUCAUAGGAACAUGGCCCAAAGAAAAAAGAUCAUCCGUACAUGGUGUUUCAUUUGAUAUUUCUUUUGAUAAAGAAGAUAGUGUGCAGAGAUCCACUCCAAACCGAGGAAUCACUCGUUCUAUUAGUAAUGAAGGACUUACUCUGAACAACAAUCGUGUAUCUAAACACACUAGGAAAAAUCUGUCCUUCAAGCCCAUGAAUGGAGAAGAAGAAGAAGAAGAAGAAAGCAUUGAAGAAGAACUUAAUACAGACCCUCACAGCGACCUCAAAUCUUACAUGCCCCCUAACACAGAUGAACUAAAUUCUAAUGAGAAUGUGCAUUAUAAGCUUCCAAAUGGAGCUUUACAAAAUAGAGCACUCCUGGAUGAGUUUGGCAAUCAGAUUGAGACACCAAGCAUUGAAGAAGCAUUACAAAUAAUUCAUGAUACAGAAAAAUCUCCCCGUACACCUCGGCCAGACAAAAUUGCUAAUGGCUUCUUUCUUCAUAGCCAGGAUAUGAGUAUCCUAAAUUCAAAUCUCAAGCUAAAUCAGUCUAGUCCUGAUAACAUAAGUGACACAAAAGGUGCCUUGAGUCCCAUAACUGACACUACAGAGGUAGACACUGGAAUUCACGUUCCUUCAGAAGACAUUCCUGAAACUAUGGAUGAAGACUCUUCUUUGAGAGAUUAUACGGUCAGCUUAGACUCUGACAUGGAUGAUGCAUCUAAAUUUCUUCAAGACUAUGAUAUAAGAACCAGCAACCCCAGAGAACCUUUGAGCCCUUGUCCAAGUACCAUAAGUACCAAGUCUCAACCAGGGAGCAGUGCUUCUUCUAGUUCUGGAGUUAAAAUGACCAGCUUUGCUGAACAGAAGUUCAGGAAACUGAAUCAUACUGAUGGAAAGAGUAGUGGAAGCAGUUCUCAAAAAACGACGCCAGAGGGCUCUGAACUUAAUAUUCCUCAUGUGGUUGCUUGGGCACAAAUUCCAGAAGAAGCAGGCCUUCCACCAGGACGGGACACAACACAGCUGUUGGCUUCUGAAAUGGUGCAUCUCAGGAUGAAACUAGAAGAAAAGAGGCGUGCUAUAGAAGCCCAGAAAAAGAAAAUGGAAGCUGCUUUUACUAAACAGAGGCAGAAAAUGGGUAGGACAGCAUUCCUUACUGUGGUGAAAAAAAGGGGGGAUGGGAUUUCCCCUCUCCGAGAGGAAGCGGCUGGUGCAGAAGAUGAGAAGGUUUAUACUGAUAGAGCAAAAGAAAAAGAAUCACAAAAAACUGACGGGCAAAGAAGCAAGUCCCUGGCAGAUAUAAAAGAGAGUAUGGAGAAUCCUCCAGCCAAGUGGCUCAAGUCUCCCACUACCCCUGUUGAUCCUGAGAAGCAGUGGAAUCUGGCAAGCCCCUCAGAAGAGACUUUAAAUGAAGGGGAUAUUUUAGAAUAUACAAAAUCCAUUGAAAAGUUAAAUUCAUCCCUGCAUUUUCUACAGCAAGAAAUGCAACGCUUGUCUCUUCAGCAGGAGAUGCUAAUGCAGAUGAGAGAGCAACAAUCUUGGGUGAUUUCGCCUCCACAACCCUCUCCACAGAAACAGAUUCGAGAUUUUAAACCUAGGCAGGCAGGCCAGUCAUCAACCAUUGCACCAUUCUCAUCAGACUCCCCUCGUCCUACUCACCCGUCUCCACAGUCUUCUAACAGGAAGAGUACAUCUUUCUCUGUUAAAAAUCAAAGGACUCCUAGGCCAAAUGAGUUAAAAAUAACACCUUUGAAUCGAACCUUGACACCCCCUCGAUCUGUAGAUAGUCUUCCUAGGCUAAGGAGGUUUUCACCAAGUCAAGUUCCCAUUCAGACUCGGUCUUUUGUAUGUUUUGGGGAUGAUGGAGAGCCACAGUUAAAGGAAUCCAGACCUAAGGAGGAGGCUAAAAAGGAGGAGUUGGAAUGCAAAGGGACCUUGGAGCCAGAUGAACAUAAUCCUGAAGAAAAAGAGAUCAGACCUCUUGAAUCAACAGUGUCUGAAGUCCUGACACAGCCUGUCACAGAAACUGUAUGUCUGACACCAAAUGAGGACCAAUUGAGUAAACCCACAGAACCACCUCCUAAACCCAUGUUCCCACCUACUGCUCCUAAAAAUGUUAACCUGAUUGAAGUUUCCCUGUCAGAUUUGAAACCCCCUGAAAAGGCCGAUGUAUCUAUUGAAAAAUAUGAUGGAGAAAGUGAUAAGGAACAGUUUGAUGAUGACCAGAAAGUAUGCUGUGGAUUCUUCUUUAAGGAUGAUCAAAAAGCAGAAAACGAUAUGGCAAUGAAACGAGCAGCAUUGUUGGAGAAACGAUUAAGAAGAGAGAAAGAAACUCAGCUUCGGAAACAGCAGCUGGAAGCUGAGAUGGAGCAUAAGAAGGAGGAGACAAGGCGUAAAACUGAGGAAGAACGUCAAAAGAAAGAAGACGAGAGGGCACGCAGAGAAUUUAUUAGGCAAGAAUAUAUGAGACGGAAACAGCUAAAGCUCAUGGAAGACAUGGAUACAGUAAUUCGGCCCCGUCCUCAGGUGGCAAAGCCGAAAAAACAGCGGCCAAAGUCUAUUCACAGGGAUCAUAUUGAAUCCCCCAAAACACCAAUAAAAGGUCCUCCAG